UUUUCAAUAGAUAAAAUCAAGGUGGUCCUUUAUGAAGGUUCUUUUCCCCUGACUUUAAACUACUGGCUGCAGCUAGCACAACCUGAACCAGAUAUGGGAAAGGAUUUUAAAUAGUAGUACUUUCCAAAGGAACAUUUUAGUAUGCAGUAGUAAAGUUGAUCAAUGCUUUUUGAGCUUUCACCUGGAGAGACUAAAUUCCUAGUCCUAAAUAAUCUGUGCAAUUUGUUAACUUCCUUUUGUAAUUCUGCCUUCCUCCUUGAGUUUCUAAAUACAUUGAACAGGCUCCUUGCUGAAUUAGCUAAUCAUUGCUUCUUGUUUGUUAAAGCAUUAAUCCACAAAGUUAGUUUGGUUCCUCUCAGCAUAGCAAUUAUUAAUUCCUCUUUUUUUUCCUUGUGACCAACCUCCUUUCAACUUAGCACAUGCUUAUAGAUACAUAAAAAGGUACAAUGUUCAGUUAUCUAGCUUUGCUUAAUAUUUUCCCUCCAACAGCCUUUUACUCUUGCAUUUUAUUUUCUUUGUUUAACUGCUUGAAAGCAGAUUGGUUACGAUUUCUUAAUAAUAGUUCAUAUUCAUAAAGGUAUCUUUAUCCAAAGAUUUUUGUGCAAUGUCCUAGACAGAAAACUUUUAACUACAUGGCAGGAAAGUCUGCUUUAAACUUAAUUUAUGUUUAUCAAUUUGCAUAGCCGUGUAUGAGGAGGGAGACAGAGAGAGAGAGAGAGAGACAGAGACAGAGAGACAAAGAGAGAGAGAGAGAGAGAGAGAAAGGCGGGGGAAGUUUCACAGAAAAUAGCCAAUUAUAAUGCUUCUUCGAAACACUCUUUGUGGAUUUUCCCUGCUUAGCUUCCUAUGGCAAAUGAUGGUUAGCUUCUCCUUCUUUUGUCUAGGGUGUGGAAUUGUGUAUCUUGCUAUGAUGCCAGGGCAGAUUCCAGACCCAUCCUUGACAGCUGGCGCUCUGCCUGGCCUUGGCCCUUUGGCAGGGUUACCUGGUACUACCUUGACAGCAGAGGAACUGAAGUAUGCUGACAUUCGCAGCAUUGGGGCCAUGAUCUCACCACUACAUUUCCUGGAGGUGAAACUGGGCAAGAGGCCUCAGCCAAUGAAAAGUGAGCUAGAUGAGGAAGAGGAAAGAAGGAAAAGACGCAGAGAGAAGAACAAAGUAGCAGCUGCUCGAUGUCGGAACAAGAAGAAGGAGAGAACUGAAUUUCUGCAGCGGGAAUCUGAGCGCCUGGAACUCAUGAAUGCCGAGCUGAAGGCACAGAUAGAAGAGCUAAAGCAGGAAAGGCAGCAGCUGAUCUUGAUGCUGAAUCGCCACCGUCCCACCUGCAUUGUUCGGACAGAUAGUGUGAAAACACCAGAGAAUGAAGCCAAUCCCCUGCUGGAACAGCUUGAGAAGAAAUGAAAGAACACACGGUGGGCAAGGUGUUGCACAAACAGGGUCUCUGAGAGUCCUCUCAUCUAAUUACUGUAUGACAAACUGUGCACUGUCAAGAUUAGUGCAGUCAGGACUAAUGAGUUUCCUUAAGGAUUGCACAUUCCAGAUAAAGGAAGAGAAGAAGGAUCAAUGGAACAUUGACGUGGGAAGCUUCCUUAGCCACUAAAAGGUCAACUUACUGAGUGGUUGUGGUGGCCAUUGUGCGGGCUUUCCUGGUUGUCCUUGCAGUACUUCAACUUGUGGAAAAUCUUUUAAGCAACCCAUUACAGGGCCUGCAUUUCAAGCCUGGAACAUUUUGGGACACUGGGAAGGUAGCAUCCAUGGUUCUUGCUGCUACUCUUCUCACAGCGAAUGGUUGAGAGUUAGUAGGGAUUAAGUGGAAGCCAUCAACAGGCAAAACUGGGCAGACAAUAGUUCUUGUAUCCUCCCCAUUUAGGACCUGCCAUGUGCUCUCUCUCUCUCUCUCUCUCCUCUUUCUUUCUCUCCUUUUGUCUCUCUCUCCAGAACUAAACCAGAAACCAAGAAUGGCAAACACUUGACACAAGUCCUGCCUCAUUGCUGGGCCUGUCUGUGGCACUGUGGCGCAGGCGCCCCCCACAAGCACACCCUCAGUAUAAUGUUUACAGCCCAGCUGUCCAGAGGCCAUGCUUUUAAAAUGCACAUUUUUACAGUUUUUAAAUAUUUUUUUAUAAAAGUUUUAUACAGUCUCUAUAUGGAUUUAUAUAAUCACUUGAUGUGAUCCAAUAGAAAUGUAUGUUAUUAUGGUCUUUGUUACAAAUAUAUACGCCGCAGUUAUCUCCAUUGUGUUAUUUGUUUGGUGGUGUCCAGUCCUUUCCCUCGGCAUGCUGGGAAAAGGGUCCUGUGCCUUCAGUCUGGCUCCACUGCCAUGUCCAUCCAUGUACGUCCUUCAUAAUAUUCAGUCCUGUAUCAGUAAAUGUUAACUUUUACUUAC